AUGUCGGUAGUGCCUUUGCCCCAGCAUACAGUAUCGCAGCAAAAUACGCCACAACAAAGAAGACACGUAUGCUAUUGGAUGGAGUGUAACCAGCCGUUCCCAAAUAUGAUGGAGAUUCAAUUACACCUUAAGGACCUUCAUAUAGAGUUACUGGAUAAAGGUUUAUCAUCAUUUCAAUGUCACUGGAAAGAUUGUGAUGAAAUUGGUUUUGAGUCGAAACAUAAGUUAAUUCAGCACAUACAGGAGAAGCAUUUUCAUUUGUCCAAUACUCUCUCAGUUAAAAAGAAAGACAUCAAUAAUCUUGAUGAAACACACACUAAUGGAAAACUAACUGACUCGCGACCAGUCCAACUUCGCGACGAACUUAAUUAUAAUUCUAAUAAUAUACAACGUCCAAACGAGCCUUCUAAUUCGGUAAAGGAAGUCAUAUUUAUUGAAGAUGAUGAUCCCGAAUCUAAUAAUAAUUCAGCAAAAAACCGUGUUAUUUCUUCGGAGAUUAGUAGACCUCAGGUUUUGGACAAUCAUAGUUCUAAUGACGGUGACAUUAGCCAAGAGGUGAUAUCUCCAAAUAUGACCAGUUCUCCUAAAAUCGAUACUAGUGGAUCUAAUAAAACAGGGUUAAGCACAUCUAGCCAUCUUAUGAAAAUACCAGAGGAGAAGUCUCAAUUAUCAUCUAAUUUGUUGAAUAUUGUUCCUCAGCCUUCUAUAUCAAAACAACUGUUUCGAGCAGUUUAUUCGUAUAACACAACCUCAGAUCAAAAUAAUCCUGAAACUUCAAUGCAAGAGAUUCUGACUGUUAAAAAUAAUCAGGAAAACUCUAUUCGGUCACCUUUACAAACUGAAAGUGACCAAUCACCCUCUUCUGUACCAUUUGAAUCCUUACCUGUAGAUCAACAAAACGAGAAACUACGACUUUUGGUUUCUCGACAAGAGCGAGAGAUAAAAAAAUUGAAAUCGAAAAAUGCACUUCAAGAGAAACAAUUAGAACAAACCGAGGCGGAGCUUGAGAUACAGACAAGAAUUUCAAAACUUUUGCAGGACCAGAAUCGUCGUGCCGACGAUAAGUUGAGAUCUAUGUGGUCUAAUAUGUUGUGUAAAAAAGUUCAUAUGCGUGAUGAAGAACACAUGACCGCGAGAUCUGCGAAAAGGCAAAAGCAAGAACAUACAAAUACAAAAGAUAAUGAUGAAAAACAAAUGGAAAUUGAUUCAUGGGAACAACCCUUAACAGAUUCUACGAUUUCAAUUGUAACACAAGCUUUCGUCUGCGAAUGGGGAGGAUGCGGAAAAGUAUUUAGAACAAAAAUGGCAUUAAAGGCCCAUAUACCAUCAGAACACCUUGGUGGAACAAUUUUACGUGUCAAGGUUGAUAGAAUUAUUCCGAAUACUGCAACGUAG